UAUUAGGUGCAUGUUUCAUUAAGCUACCUGGUGCUCCAUACCUGUAAAUACCGCUGGCGUGGAAUCAAUCUUUGAAGCUCAUUCAAUUUACCAUGUAACAUUUUCCGACAAUGAAAAUGGAAAUGAAAAAGAAGUUUCGCUUCAUCCAGCAAGGCUUAAUGAGAGAGUAAUGAACGUCCGGUAAGGCGGGUAAUGGCGCUUGAUUAAUGGCGAGGUUUCUCUAAGAUCAGGCGUCUUCGAUCUGGGACCAUCAUCAUAAAGUGACCGAUUUAAUGACACGAUAAUUUGUUAAAAUCAACAUCACUACUGACGAUGCUCACUUUGAUAUUUUCACAAUUUUGGUAGAGCGAUAAAUCGUUUUCAUUACCACAUUAUUUUAAAUCUUUCUGGUGCUUAUCAAACUUGUCCUGAAUCUUGGAAUAGAAUGCUUUCCUUCACGGAUGUGUUUGUGAUAUUCUAGUAUAUACCCAUCCAACGAAAGACAUUUAUAAUGUAGCCUCGAAAACCUCAUGAGGGAAACUCUUCGACCUACAACUCAACAACGAUGAUUGGUUUCUCAACUGGGUAUAUCAUUGUCAAUGUCAUCUGUACUAUCAUCGGCCUGGCGACGAUCCUCUGUAAUUCGCUGGCCGCCAUGUUGAUAUUGAAGAAAAAACGUCACUGGGACAACUCUUUGACCUUCAUCCUUCACCUAUGUAUCGCAGAUGACUUCGCUGGUGUGCUGAUACUUUGGAACGUAAUUUAUAAUAUCAACGGACACAGAAAUUUCUUCGAAUGCGUUUUCCGAAGUUCCGCCAUAUCCGGUGUGAUUUUCACUUCUUGUUUUGUUCUGCUGGGACUGAGUGUAGACCGGUACAUCAAGAUCACAGCGCCUUUCCGGUCCGCCCAGCUAGAGAAUGGGCGAUGGGUAAAGGUGUACGUCGGCGGCCAGUGGGCCUUGUUUUUCACCGUGUGCCUCGGUAUUCCUGCAUUGACCUGGAUAAAUCACGUCAUUCCUUACUGUGAUUGCGGAUUCUUCAUCGUUUUAAAAAGGGAAUAUCUGUUGGCCUUGACAUCUUUUAUAGCCUUUGCCCUGUUAUGCCAGUGUUUUAUCUAUGGCCAUGUCUUUUAUAUUGCUAUGUCAAAGGGGAAUCUACAGUAUGCUCUUUACAGCAGACAUAAGUCGAUCUUUAAUGGCAACGACAAACUAAAGAUCCAACCUUUCCCUAGCAGACAGGUCCUCAGGACAACACGGGCGGUCCUAUUUGUAUGUGGACUUAAUCUUUUGACAAGUCUACCCGUCGGUGUCUACGUCUACCUCGUUUCGACUAAUCAGCUUUCAUACAUUGAUCACCACACCCAGGGGGAUAUCCUUGUGUACGUGGCCACGCCUCUUUACCUCAACAGCUUUAUCAAUCCGUUCCUGUACGCCUUCAAGAUACCGGAUAUCAGGAGAACGCUCUCGCAUUACCUCCCCUGUUUCAGAAGUAGGAUAAAUCCUCACGGAACUACGGGAUACCAGACGCAUCUCUCGGUCAUAGAGCUGAAGUGAUUUAUUCUGACACGAUUCUAAGAUGUAGUUUUAGUAAGUCAUAUCUGACACGAUUAUCUGAUAAAGUGAUUCAUUCUGACACGAUUCUAAGAUGCAGUACUAGUAAGUCAUAUCUGACACAAUAAUCUAAUAAAGUGAUUCAUUCUGACACGAUUCUAGGAUGUAGUACUA